AUGAAGUUCUCUCAAUCCCUCCUCUUUGCCCUCCCAUUCCUCCAGUCCGCCGCAGCCCAGGGUGGUGGCAUGGUCGGCAUCGGCUGGUCCGUUGAAAAUGUCCCCGACGAGGGCUUGAGUGAGAUUUACUUCCCCAUGGACAUCACCGGGUCUCCCCACGAGAGCGGCUUCUACUUUGCCCAGCAAUUCGGCUUCGUCAACCAAGACAACGUCGGCUACACCGGUCUGCAGCCCACUUACAACGACCACGGCCUUCCCGUCAUCCACGGAGUCUUCUCCAGCUUCAAUGCGGGCACAACCUCCGACGACCCCAACUGCCACGACGGCGCCGACGGCGGUUCCGGCGUGAGUUGUGCUGUUGAGAUCGUCAGCUCUUACGAGCACCAAUAUCAGCUCCACAUCAAGAACACCGAGGGAACUAAGUGGGUCGGAACUCUCGUUGACGUUGUCAAGGGAAACAGCACUCAAAUCGGCUCGUACACUCUUCCCGCUGAAUCGAAGGGUAUUCAAAGCUCCCAGUUGGGCUUCGUUGAGUUGUACGGCUGGAACGACAAGAAGGAGGAGCACGUUUGCUCUGAUGUGCCCAAGCACUCGGUUAUCUUCGGCGCUCCUAUCUCCAAGGGAUACACAGGAGCACUGGGUGCUCCUUACGAGUACGGUGACUGUGUUGGUGAGUCUCAAUUCGAGGCUCACAGCCACUCUGAUGGUAGCUACUCGGUCACCGUUGGAUGGUAA